GGGCGGGCGACUCGGGCCGCGGCCGGGGUGGAGCCGGGGCCAUGGGGCCGCCGCUGCCGGGCUAGGGAGGGCCGGCGCCGCCGGGCCCGCGGCGAUGGCGGGCUACGCGCGCCGCCCGGGCGUCCCCCCGCUGUCGCGAGCCCGGAGCCUCGUCAUUCCGGACGCCCCCGCGUUCUCUGAGCGCCGGUCCUGUCUGCCCCAGCUAGACUGUGAGCGCCCCCGUGGCGGGGGCCUGGACUCCCACUUCCUCGGCAUUCGGCCGACGUUUAUGUGCUAUGUGCCCAGCCCGGUGCUAGCUUCCGUGGGAGACACAGAUUUUGGCUACGGAAAGGGGAAAUGUACUAAGCAAGGUGUGCCAGGAGCCCAAGAGACACAUUUUGGAGACGAUAAACUUGAAGACCUUGCAGAGGCCAAUCCGUUCUCCUUUAAAGAGUUUCUAAAAACCAAGAACCUCAGCUUGUCAGGAGAGGAUCCAGGCAACAACAGAAUUUAUUCAAAGGAAGCCACGAGACACACACUGGGACUUGGCCGCAACUCCCCGACCUCCCAGACCGUGGGAUAUGGCAUGGAAUAUCAGCAGCCAUUUUUUGAAGACCCCACGGGAGCUGGCGAUCUUCUGGACGAAGACGAAGACGAGGAUGAGGACGACGGGUGGAACGGAGCCUACUUGCCGUCCACUGUGGAGCAGACCCGCCCCUCGGGGGUCGCUGCCAGCACAUCACCCUGUAGCACAUACAUCUCCUUUUUCUCCACCCCAUCGGAGCUGGUGGGGCCUGAGACCCUGCCCCCGUGGACGCUGAGCGACUCUGAGUCUCGGGCCUCUCCACCAGGGAGCCCCAGCACGGACUUCGCGGCCCAUGGAGAGUCCCUGGGAGACAGGCAUCUCCGGACACUGCAGAUUAGCUACGAAGCAUUGAAAGAUGAAAACUCGAAGCUGAGAAGAAAGCUGACAGAGGUCCAGAGCUUCUCUGAGACUCAAACAGAAAUGGUGAGGACACUGGAGCGAAAGCUGGAAGCGAAAAUGAUCAAGGAGGAAAGUGACUACCACGACCUGGAGUCUGUAGUCCAGCAGGUGGAGCGGAACCUGGAGCUGAUGACGAAACGGGCUAUGAAGGCAGAAAAUCACGUCAUGAAGCUGAAACAGGAGAUCAGCUUGCUCCAGGCACAGGUAUCCAACUUCAAGCGUGAGAACGAAGCCUUGCGCUCCGGCCAGGGCGCCAGCCUGGCAGUGGUCAAGCAGAACACCGACGUGGCCUUGCAGAACCUCCGUGUUGUCAUGAACAAUGCCCACUCCUCAAUAAAGCAGCUGGUUUCGGGAGCUGAAACGUUGAAUCUUGUUGCUGAAAUCCUUAAAUCUAUAGACAGAAUUUCUGAAAUUAAAGAUGAGGAGUCUUGAGAACCCUGACGUGCUUCUGGGCCGUAGCCUCGCUCACAGCCAGACGUCUCUGCUCACCAGAUUUGGAAAUGCCGUCGUGUCUUCAAAUAUGUCGUGCUCACCCGUAGUAAAGCUAUUUAUCAUGACCUGCUAAUUUCGUGACCUGCGAAGUGUGAGCAGCCUCUGCAGGGAGAAGCAGCCCCUGUGUGAGAGCCGCACCGGCUUCUCCGCAGCCCUUCUGGGGGCUCGAGCUCCCGCUACUUCCCAGACUAAUGCUCUAUCGGAAGACGUUUCUAUAAAAGCCAGUGAUUUUUUGAAGUUACUAAACCUGAAAAACCACAGUUCUGCAAUGAGUGUCUUCCAUUGUCAUUCUGGAAUGUUAAUUAUAAGAUAAGUCAAUUGCUCAUUCUUAAUUUCGACAGGAGAGAAAGCAGGGGAACUGCGGUCAGCAGCUGCUUCCGAAGACCUAGGGCCCUGCAACCUCCCUUGGGGCACCUGCCGGCUCGGAGUCCACUCUUGUGGGCCUGUGGGCGUGCCUGCCGUGGGAGACCUGAGCGCGGAUGCCCCAUGCGGGGGCCCUGGGUCACCCAGGUGGGCCACUGUGUGCGGCCAUCUAAGUGCACCUCUGUGCCAUGGGGCGGGUUUGAAAAAGUGCUUUGGCUGGAGGGUUUUGAUACGUGUUUCAAGGGGGUUUAUAUCAUGACAUUUAGGCUUCAGGAGUUCAGAGUGCAGAGCCUCCCUGUGUUGACGCAAGGCCCUCCAUGGUGCCUUUCCAACUGCUUUGCCACAGAGGGCAGGCAGAACAUGCACUACGUGCCUUUUUGCCUAUUUUUCUGUAGACGUUAUUUUUCUAAAUAAAUUUCCCUUUUUCCUCCUGUUCAAAUUGACAGCUUUUCUAUUUAAUAAAUUGUAAAACUCCUA